UGCAGUCACAAGUCAUUGCUCACCCGCUAGCCACGGAGACAACAAAGAUACACUUUAGCUCAUAUGUGUGUUAGAUAUCACACAGUAAGCCACGCUGAACGAUGAAGAUGCAGUGUGGGAGUGUCUGCUGUGUCCUGCUCCUGGUCAGUGUGUGUUCGGCACUCAUCUGCCCUGAUGGAGGCAUGUGCGAAGACGGGGACACCUGCUGUAAAACCCCGUCUGGAGGAUACGGCUGUUGUCCUCUUCCUAAUGCGGAGUGCUGCUCAGAUCAUCUACACUGCUGCUUCCAUGGUACACUUUGUGACCUCGUCCACUCUCGGUGUGUUAACAAGACCGUCUCGCUGCCUCUGGUGAAGAGGCGACCAGCCAUCCCAGCUCUAGAGUGGGCAGGUGUUGGGGCAGUGAUCUGCCCAGAUCAGCUGUCUGAGUGCCCGGAUGGCACCACCUGCUGCGAGCUGCCCGACAGCAGCUGGGGAUGCUGCCCCCUGGCAAAGGCAGUGUGCUGCGAAGACAAGAGGCACUGCUGCCCAGAGAACACCAAGUGUGAUCUAGAACAUUCUAAAUGUGUUUCCGGAACACUGGGCUCAACUCCCAUGUGGACGAAGUUUCCUGCUCGUACCAGAUCACAAACACCAGAUGUGAAUAGUGGUCACUCGAUCACCCGUGCAGAUGUGAAUAGCGGUGCCUCCAUCACCUGUCCAGAUGCAAAGUCCUCCUGCCCUGACGACACCACCUGCUGUCUCAUGAAGACCGGAGAGUACGGCUGCUGCCCGUAUCCUCGGGCUGUAUGCUGCAGUGACCAACUCCACUGUUGCCCCAACGACACCAUCUGUGACCUGGAGCAGGGGAUGUGCAAGUCCCCACACACAGACUUGCACACGCUCAUGGCUCUGAAAUUACCUGGCCUCCGCAUAGACAAGAAUGCAGACAGAGACGGAGUGUCGGCGGUUCCUUGUAAUGACUCAGUGGCCUGCCCUGACGGCAGUACCUGCUGCAAGAUCGCAUCGGGCGCCUGGGCAUGCUGCCCCCUGGAGGAGGCUGUGUGUUGCCCUGACCACAUCCACUGUUGUCCCAGUGGCACCGUGUGCAACCUUAGAGCCAGCACCUGUGACGACCCCACCGACCCUUCGCUGCGCUCCGUGCCCUGGCUCCAGAAGUUCCCUGCCUUCCCCCUGCAGACCAGGCAGCGGCAGCAGCAGCGGCCUGUAAACACGAAGUGUGACGAGACCUCGUCCUGCCCCGAGGACUACACCUGCUGCAAGACGUCCACCGGGGGAUGGGGAUGCUGCCCACUGGCCGAGGCUGUCUGCUGUGAGGACCACAUGCACUGCUGCCCCAAAGACACUGUUUGCAACCUGGCGGCCAGCACCUGUGACAGCAGCACGGGCUCAGCUGUGCCAAUGGUCAAGAAGGUGCCCGCCCUGACCCAGCCGUCGCUCAAACGGACCAACAGUGACGGCCGUUCGGCCGUGCCACUUGAGAGGCAGGUGCCAUCUCGUGAGCUGAUGUGUGACGCAGACACCAGUUGCCCCGCCCACAACACCUGCUGUUUCAUGCACACUCUGGGCAAGUGGGGCUGCUGCCCUCUCCAUCAGGCGGUGUGCUGCAGCUCUGGCGAUCACUGCUGCCCUGCGGGCCUCACCUGUGACGCCAAGCGAGCGUCCUGCUCUGUGGGUCGCCACGAGAUCCCAUGGUACAGGAAACAGGACGCCAGAGUCUGGGUCAGCCAGUCUGCUCCUGUGGUGGAGUCCAGAGCCACCGAUGAGGACGAGGUGAUCAUGGACGUGAAGUGUGACGACAAGAGCACCUGUGCGGCGGGCUCCACCUGCUGUAAGCUGCCCACGGGGGACUGGGGAUGCUGCCCACUCGUCAAGGCCGUGUGCUGCAGUGACCAUGAGCAUUGCUGCCCACAGGGCUACACCUGCAAGCUGGAGUCUGGAACGUGUGUGAAGCCUUCAGGUCAGUUGGCACCGCUGCCGCUCUCGCCCCUGUCUAAGCCCCCUGAGCAGCCCCAUCACGAUGUCCAGUGCGAUCAGGUGACCCGCUGUGAGACGGACCAGACCUGCUGUAGAACCUCUGAGACCAGCUGGGCCUGCUGCCCGUAUAAAGCGGCGGUGUGCUGUGCCGACAUGAGGAACUGCUGCCCCAUGGGAUACACCUGCGAUGCCCAGGCCAAGGCCUGCACCAAGGGCUCUCGCCACCUCACCUGGUGGGACAGUGUAGUCACAGAAAAAUCUAGAGACUGAGUGGUUUACACUCACACACACACACACACACACACACACACACACACACACACACACACACACAGAGCGUUAUCUCAAAAAAAAAAAAGCAGUCUGUGAAAUGUCAAAACUAGUGACGUGCAUCACUAACACACAACGCGCGCGCACACACACCCUUGCUGAACUGACAUGCACUUCAGUCCAGUGGUGCUCUCCAGAAUGGAACCCGUGGAUAUGAAGGGACCUUUUAAUCGUCGCCCUAACCCCACUCUCCACCCAUCUCUCUCUCUCUCUCUCUCUCUCUCUCUCUCUCU